CCUCGUUAACUAAGUUUCUUCACUCUCCACUUCAUAAUAUCAACUUCAUUAUAAACAAUUAGAAAGAACAAAUUAUACAUGUCUCCACAAACAUAAAGAAUAUUAAUUGUUUAAGGAAGAUAUAUUAUUUAGAAUAUUAAAUAUACCGGAAAAAUAAUUAUAUGUGUGUGGGCGGGUACCCAUGGGUCGGGUUUACCUAAACCCAAACCCAACCCGACCCGGUGAAUAGUGUAGCGGGUUUAAACCCGAACCCGGCCCAAAACCCGUCAACACGGAUUUUACCCGCGUUGACCAGGUUGGAUCGGGUGGAUACCCGUGGGUUCGAGUUUUGUUGCCAUCCCUACACCCUGUCAACUCUCCAGCUAAUUGGAAGAAGUAAUUUGGCCACAAAAUAGGAAUGCAUCAACAUAAAGUUCAUUAGAGGUGGGAGGAGGGGACGAACUUGUUAUAGGGUUGUUUACAUAGUAAGUGUUAGCAUGUUAGCAUGAUGCUAACACUUACGGGUGUUAACACCCUAUUCGCUUUUCAGCUAGGUGGAUGAAGGAAUUUGGCCACAAAAUAGGAAUGCAUCAACUGGAAUGAGUCAAUUUGAACUAUUUCGUUUUGCAUCAAUUUAAGUUGAUAGGAAAAUCACAAGUAGUUCAGAAUGAUAGAAAUAAUUUUGGGGUCGUUUGGUUUUGGUGACUGUUUGGUUGUAAUAGUUACAAUCCAUGCAUUGUCCACAAAUGCCUCUUUUUUUUAUUUUCUGCACAAACAAUACAUGCAUUGUUUGCUUGAUUUGACUCAAACUAUUACUCAAAAUGAGUGAUAGUUAAAAUUCAAGUUUUUGGUGAGAUUGUUGUGCUUUAUUUUCUUCCAACUAUGCCUCUACCUUUUUAUGUGUGUUGCUUUUUUAUAUUAAGGGGUCGUUUGCUUGAUGGAUUUGGGUCAUGGAUUUGGGACUCAAAUCCCAAGCAUGAUGGACUUUAGUCAAGUCCAUUGUUUGUUGUCAAGUGUUAAAUCCGUGGGGUCCACGGAUUUGUUCCCUUUUUUGGAUCCAAAUCCGUGGACCCCACGGACUUGUAAAUCCCACAUAUUGGGAUGGGAUUUGUAAAUCCUUGAUUGCUAGUUAUAUCUAUAGCAAAUUCAUCAUAAUUAUAUCAUCAAAUCUAUCAUGCAAACAAUAGACUCUUCAAAUCUAUGAUAGUACAAAUUUCUCAUAAAUCCAAAGGUUUUUUUGAGCCAAAACCCUCAUUUUUCAAAUCCAACAAACAAACGACCCCUAAAAACAAAGAGUAAAAGUGACACUUCACCAAAAAAGUAAUAUAACUUAUUUAAAUAACACAAUAAUUAUCACAAUAACCAAAUAAUGUAAACUACAAUACACCGAAUUUCAUAUAUACGUGUAUAUUUAUGUAUAUUAUUUGAGACAGCUACAUUAAAUUACCUCAUUUGUGAAAUCCAUACUCCAAAUCCAAAGUUCAAACCAAUCUAUACUCACUGAACAGGAAAAUCCAUAUUGAAAUUGCGAAUCUGGUGCAGUGGCCAAAACUGUCAUUUCCAACCUGCUAAUGAAUUAUUUGUUUUCCCUUCCACCCAAAAACUGGGAAAAAUAUCCAAACAGAAACAAAUAAACAAUAAAUAAUAUAAUUUUCUCAACCUGAUUAUUUUCCUCCCUCUUUCCUCUCCGCCACAAAGAAAGCCUUCCCCUUUCUUCAACUUCGACUCUAAGCUUUAACACAUCGUGUUGUUCAUCAUCACUACUGGCUUGAUAUUAUUUUGCCCCCAUCUCACACCUUCCUCCUAUUCUUCCUUUCUUCCUCCUCCUCCGAGAUCUAAAAGCUCUCUGCUUUUGUAUCCUUCCCACUUCCUUCUUGAUUCUUACACUGGCAUAGGUAGUAGCGAUCAUCGCUGGUUCCGUUUCCCACAAAAAAAGCUUUUUAGUAUUUGCCGCUGCUUCUCUUUGUAUACCCACUUCCAACUUGAUCCGUUAAUCUAUUGGGUUCUUUCAUUCUAGUCUCCAUUUGUUUUCUUCUUCAAUUGGCCGCAAGCUCUUGUGCCCUUUGUCUACUUACCCUCUUUCGUCUCUUCUGUCUUGUUUCUUCUGUUGUUUCGGUGCCAGACAGUGGGUGAGUUGCCCUUUCCCCGAUUCGGGAACUUGUUGGGAUUUGCUCAAUUCCUUUCGGUGCCGAAUUGAUUGCCCCGAUCUUUGCUUUGCUAGUUGGAUUCGAUUUGGCUUCUAAGGAAGUUCUAGGUUUUGUUUUGGUGGGAUUCCAUUUCAGAUUUUACUGGGUUUUUGCUGAUCUGGGGUGAAGUUUAAUCCUUUGAAGUUUUGGCUAUCUGGGUUCUUUCAAAUUGACACUCGAGAGAGCUUUCAGUACUGUAAGACACUGCGGUUUGUGGGUGGAGGCAGACUCCCGCUUGAUAAAGAAUUUUGGAGAAAGAUUAAUGCUUUGUUGGUGUUGAGAUGCAGCCUGAUCAGCGAAAGAAGUCUGUCGAAGUUGACUUUUUCACCGAGUAUGGUGAGGGGAGCAGGUAUAAAAUAGAGGAAGUUAUUGGCAAAGGAAGUUAUGGUGUUGUUUGCUCUGCAUUUGACACACACACAGGAGAGAAAGUUGCAAUUAAGAAAAUCAAUGACAUCUUUGAACAUGUCUCUGAUGCCACACGCAUCCUUCGAGAAAUUAAACUUCUCAGGCUUCUCCGUCAUCCGGAUAUUGUGGAGAUCAAGCACAUCUUGUUGCCCCCUUCCAGAAGGGAGUUUAAGGACAUCUAUGUAGUUUUUGAGUUGAUGGAAUCUGAUCUACACCAAGUUAUCAAAGCAAAUGAUGAUCUAACACCCGAGCACUAUCAGUUCUUUCUUUAUCAGCUUCUCCGAGGCCUGAAGUACAUACACACUGCCAAUGUGUUUCACAGGGAUCUAAAACCUAAAAAUAUCUUAGCCAAUGCUGACUGUAAAUUAAAGAUUUGUGACUUCGGCCUAGCAAGAGUUGCCUUCAAUGACACUCCCACGGCUAUUUUCUGGACAGAUUAUGUUGCUACGAGAUGGUAUAGAGCUCCAGAAUUGUGUGGGUCGUUUUUCUCCAAGUACACACCAGCAAUAGACAUAUGGAGCAUUGGAUGCAUCUUUUCUGAACUUUUGACCGGGAAACCUCUUUUCCCCGGGAAAAAUGUAGUCCAUCAGUUGGAUCUGAUGACUGAUCUUUUGGGAACCCCAUCUUCUGAAGCAAUUGCAAGGGUUCGCAAUGAGAAAGCUCGGAGAUACCUUAGUAGCAUGCGGAAGAAGAAGCCAAUUCCUUUUACUCACAAAUUCCCUCAUGCAGAUCCUCUUGCACUUAGAUUAUUAGAAAAAAUGCUAGCAUUUGAACCCAAAGACCGGCCUACUGCUGAAGAGGCCCUUGCAGAUCCAUAUUUCAGAGGUUUGGCCAAAGUUGAGAGAGAGCCUUCUGCUCAACCUGUUACCAAGAUGGAAUUUGAAUUUGAGAGGCGAAGAAUAACAAAAGAAGAUGUAAGAGAGCUCAUUUACAGAGAAACACUGGAGUACCAUCCAAAAAUGUUGAAAGAAUUCUUAGAAGGUUCAGAACCAACGGGCUUCAUGUACCCAAGUGCUGUUGACCAUUUCAAGAAGCAAUUUGCAUAUCUUGAGGAGCAUUAUGGAAAUGGUGGGCCUGCUGCUACUCCGCCAGAAAGAACUCAUGCAUCAUUGCCAAGGGCCUGUGUAUUAUAUUCAGAUAAGAAUCCUAUGCUGAGCUCAGCAAAAGUAGCAAAUGAUCUUUCUAAAUGUUCUAUCAAAGAUAUCGAGAAGCCACACAUGGACAAGAGUGGUGGUAUCCCUAUCACAAGGCCUCCCAUUCAAGUCCCUCAAAGUAUUCAAGCGGGACCUGCUCGUCCCGGGAAAGUUGUUGGCUCUGUACUGCGAUACAACAACUGUGCCACAGCAGCAGAGCCUGUUGUCGACCAACGGAGAAUGGUUAGAAACUCUUCUACCACAUCUCAAUACACCUCUUCGAACGGUUCGUAUCCGAGAAGAAACCCAGGCUGCAAGAACGACAGGGGAGAAGACGAUGGAAUUGAAGGGUCCAAUGGAUUGCAGCCAAAACCACAGUUCAUGGCAAGGAAAGUUGCUGCUGCUCAAGGUGGACCGGGAAGUCAAUGGUAUUGAUGAUGGUUAUACACAGCCUGGUUGGCUGAGUUUGUAACACUUCAAUUUCUCCAUUUUCCCUAAUGGAGCUGCUAUGAACUGGACUCACCUGCUUCGAGUACUCGGUCAUGCAAUGGACUACUUUGGUGCCAAGGGUGGUUCAAAAGACUGGUCGGAGGGACUAUCUUGUCUUGAGAGGACGAAGUGAAGCAGAGAAUGGAACAGGUUGUGUAAUUUAUUUAUCUAACUGAAAGGUUAAAAAAGCUGUAAUAAACAGGUUCUUGGUUCGUGAGAAUACUCGGAUAUUGCAUGUCUGGUUUAAGCUCAGUAGUCAGCCCACACGAAAGGAGUCUGAUGUUCGUAAAUCAGAGUCGGGUAGAGUUGGCUGGUUGCUUACCAGAUUCUCUGCAUCUCUUGUUCGUUCGUUCCGAGAUAGGAAGUUUUUAUACCCUUUUGUUAUGUUAACCCCAAAUUGUUCGUAUUCACUAUUUGUACACUUCUGUCUAUGUAACUUUGUUAAAUAAAGAUCCUGCUUUUUGUGCUUGUGAAUUGUGAUAUUCCAGGGCCAUGGAUCCUUCUAUUUCUAUAGAAGGAAUCCCUAUUGGUUACUGUUUGUGCUCGCUUAUUAUUUCAUGCAAAUUGCAUCUAUGAUUUAUGGUUUUGUGAAAUACAGACGGUUUAACUGU